CGUCCUGAACUGGAGCUUGCCAGGGACCUAAGCCAUCCUGAACUGGAGCUGACUAGGGGCCUAAGCCAUCCUGAACUGGAGCUUGCCAGGGACCUAAGCCAUCCUGAACUGGAGCUUGCCGGGGACCUAAGCCAUCCUGAACUGGAGCUUGCCGGGGAGCUAAGCCAUCCUAAACUGGAGCUUGCCAGGGAGCUGAGCCAUCCUGAACUGGAGCUUGCCAGGGAGCUGAGCCAUCCUGAACUGGAGCUUGCCAGGGAGCUGAGCCAUCCUGAACUGGAGCUUGACGGGGACCUAAGCCAUCCUGAACUGGAGCUUGCCGGGGAGCUAAGCCAUCCUGAACUGGAGCUGAGUGAGGAGCUGAGCCUUGCUGAGCCCUGCUGAGCUGGGAGCAAACUGGAGCUGCUGGGGGAGCUGAGGCCAGCCGGAGCUGUCCGAGGUGCUGAUCCAGGAGCUGAGCCGCACCACCCCAGGCAGCACCAUGGUGUUCGCUCCAGGUGAGAAGCCAGGGCUGGAGCAGGACGAAGUGAGGCUGCAGAAGGCCAGCAAGCAGAUCGUGCAGACUGCCAUCCUCCGAGCGCUGCAGCAGGUCGCCCGGGAGCGCCAGCAAGGGCAGAGCCCGCCCAAGGGCGGGGCGAACCUCCAGCUGGAGAGGGGAAAGCUGACCAAGAAGCAUGAGAAGAAGUAA